AUGAGUACAACCUCAAUCCAAGAGGAUUUAAACCAAUCGUCUCGCGACAAUCUACUUCUGUGUCUAGAUCGUGUCUACACUAACGAUAACCUCUUCCUUAUUCCUCAGAGGUUGUCCAAGGUUGUCAAUUGCCUUUCUCCAUUUCUGGAAGUACGAGCCAGAGGGAAAUUCCAAGAGCUGACUUGGCUAGAAAAAUUUGUCAAUGAUUCGGUGUUGCAGCUGUCUCUUUCCAGCUAUGGGACGUUGAUUGUUGUUGUCGAAAGUAGUUCUGUAGAUCUAGAACUACUUCGAGAGUUGUGGGCCAACUUGGGCACUUCUCGUCAGAAAAUUAACCUCAUUGUGCGCAACUUGUCUCAAUCAUUCUACUAUGAGCUCUGUUCAAAGGUCUUUGGGCGUGACAAGUCGACUCUUUUGGAUUCAGUGGUGGAUGUAGACCUAAACCUACCAAAUAUUCGCAUGUCCUCCAACUGCCGUCUCCUGAAUUGGAAAACCUACCCAAUUUGCAUUGAAGAUUUUGUACUCACACUAGAUAUGGCGAACGGUGGCCUCGACUCGUACUUCAAUGAUCCCAUUGAAUUGGUAUCUGGUUUAGCCGACGCUGUGACCGAGCUUAUCUCAAAAUCCACCAGUCGCAAGGAUAUCAUCAAGUUGAAAAAUGUGUUUGCAAAGGGAGAUCACUCGUCGCUUCUACUAAGCAUAUUGAUGGGCACAAAGCUCCCGGAACUUGUGUCGACUCUGUUCUCUGCCAAUGAGGCCGAGUUCUACCAAAAGAAACUCACUGGAAAUACCGACCUUGUCAUUCUAGAGCGUAAUUUAGAUUAUUUUCCAUUGAUUCUCAGUCAUAUGAAUUAUCUGGGGCUUCUAGAUGACAUAUAUGGAACGUUCGAUGAAUUCAACGGUAUACUUGAGAAUAAAGAAAAUCUUCACGAUGAACUUUACGAGAACCUCAAAGACUUGAAUUUUGCCUCCAUUGGAGCCAAGUUAAAUAAGCUCGCGAAGUAUUUACAACUGGAAUACAGUAACUCCGACAAACUCACUGACCUACGAGAAAUCAAGCAAUUAGUCCAAAAUCUCGGUAAUUUAACGACCAAGCACGAAUUAGUGCGGAAGCAUACCACUCUAAGUGAAGGGAUUUUGACAAAAAUCAAGUCCGAUGUUGAAGGAGAUUACGUUUACAAUUAUAGAGAGCAAUGGCUUGAGUUGCAAAACGAAAUCUUUGAUCUAGAAUACCGUCUGCAGAUUCAAAAGAUUUCCGAUAUUAUGGAGAUCAGUGUGCCCUUUGAGCUUGUCCUAUGUUUGGUAAUUGCAGUAUCAAUCAUCAAUGAUGGUAUUCGGAAGAAAGAUCUCGACAACAUUGAGCGUGAGCUCGGUCUAAAUUAUGGUUCAGUGCCCUUAUUAAUCCUUCUCAAUAUGAUCGAAAGAAAACUUGUGAAGGUCAACAACAAGGGAAAUGAUUUCUUUGGAGCAUUUACUUUUGGUAAAACGGAGCUUGACACUAUGGCUACAACUACUACAACUACGGCGACAACGAGGUCUGGAGGCGGAACGCAAUCUCCACCAACAAACGGCGGGAACCCCGAUAGCUCUCCAGAAGUCAACUACGAAGAUAUCAGUUUGGUCGGGGUCAGUGGUGGCCAAGAUAUUUAUAAAAGUACCUACACACUCAUUAGCAAAUUUUGGAACCUCCAUCCUUUAGAGGAUGAUGAAGAUGCUGGUGGACCGAUAGAGUCUGCUAGCGACUACGCACAACCCUCUUUUGCCCUUACAGGAGCCACGGUCCCACUUCUUUCACGAUUGGUGGAGUCACUUUAUUCAAGGGAGUUCCUCAAGUAUAAGCCUGUCAACAGUGUCUCCAAGAGGCCAAACUGGGCUUUUCUCAAUCUAGAGACUAUGUUCAAGGGGCAAACUGUGGACAAAAAUCUCUGUGACGAGCUGGAUAACAGGAAAAGUCCAGCCAAGGGAAGCACACGCCAAGAGUAUGUGGUUGUUGUUAUAAUAGGAGGAAUUACAAGGAGCGAGAUAAGCGCUCUCGUGUACCUACAGAGUAAGAUCAAUAAGAAAAUUCUCGUUGUUACAAGCGGCUUGGUGACCACGAAGAAGCUUAUUAACUCGUUGUCGUAG